AAAAGGAAAAGUGGAACCCAAAACAUAAGAACAUAUGAUGCCCACCGCCUCGCUCGGCUUCCCCUUCCGGUGACCGGUUGAUCCCCUCUCGCUCCUCCCUCGCCCAUCAGUGCGUGGCGUUUGGUGAGAAGAAAGCAAGCAGCCAAGGAGGCCAGGCCAGGGAGAGGACGACCGUCGGCUCCUUGAAUUCGGCGCAGACAAAUCGCGGAGAAUACUCGAAGAUAAAUUAUUCACGGCUGUCGCUUUGAGUGGGGGCGGCUCCUGUUAGGUUCACCCUACGAGGCAGAUGGAGGCCCGAGGCAAACUGGUGUACGGACUCUACAGAGCGGCGACCCGAAUGGCAUCGCCGCUUAUGUACGCGCUCGUCCAAUGGAGGAGGCUGCGCGGCCUGGAGCACCCUUCCCGUUGGCCCGAGCGCUUCGGCCACCCUUCCUCGCCUCGGCCUCCCGGUCCCCUCCUAUGGUUUCACGCUGUCUCUUUAGGCGAGGGAUUGAUGGCUAUCCCUGUGAUCAAGCACUGCGUUCGUCAGCAUCCCGAUUUCCAUGUCUUGAUGACGACCACCACUAUCUCAGCAUUUGAAGUUAUUAAGGAUCAGCUUCCAGAUGGUGUCAUUUAUCAGCUUUCUCCUCUUGAUUCUCCUACAAUAGUGGAUAAGAUUCUGGGAUACUGGAAACCAAUUGCUGUCUUUCUGAUGGAAAGUGAACUCUGGCCCAACCUUGUUAUAUCUGCUGCAAAUGAAGGGAUUCCAGUGACAAUUUUAAAUGCUAGGAUGUCAUGCAAGUCUUUUAAGCGUUGGUCGAGAUUAUUCGCACUGCCUUUAAUCUCCUUGAUGCUGUCAAAGAUAUCAUUGGUGGUUCCUUUGAGCACUCUUCAAGCUGUUCGGUUUCAGUUACUAAAUGCAUCACCAAAUGUCAUUCAUUUUGCUGGUGAUUUAAAAUAUGCUGUAGGCGAUUUCAAUGUCCUUGGGAAAGAUGCUAUGAAAAUAAAUGAUCUCCAGCUACAGCUAACCAAUAGACCUGUUUGGAUAGCAGCAUCUAUACAUGAGGGUGAAGAAAAAGUCAUGCUCUGGGUACACAAAGAACUAAUUAUGAGUUAUCCUGAUCUGGUAAUGAUUCUGGUAACAAGGCAUCCACAACAUGGACAACGACUUGCACUGGCAUUGAAUAAACAGGGACUGAAUGUUUCGUUGAGGUCUAGAAGAGAUAAAAUUUCUUCUAGCACUAGUGUAUAUGUGGUUGACACUUUGGGUGAACUCAGAACACUGUAUAGAUUUACUAAGAUUGCUGUGAUUGGAGGUUCCUUUUUGCCUGGCUUAGCUGGUCACAAUGUGUCUGAGGCUGCUGCAGCUGGUUGUGCAGUUUUAACAGGUCCUCAUGUUGGACAUUUCUCCCACAUGUUGGCUAAAAUGUCACUAGCAGCUAGUUCAUCAGUUCUGCAGGUUGGAAAUAAAUUUGAACUACUAGAAGCACUGAAAAAGCUGCUUAGUGAUGCCAAUUUCUUGGAUGCAUGCUGCAUGGCUUCAAAACAUGCAUUUUCAAUUGUCUCAAAUGGAGUUGUGGAACGUGUUUGGGAGUUAGUAGAUACAAUUGUGCUAGAGAAGGCCAAAGGAAGACUAGAAGAACACUGAUCAUUGAAGUCUCUGGUUUUAUUUUUUGCAGGGACAGGGUCAAAGAUGUCGAACCCAUGGGAUGAAGUAAUCUUUCAGAACGAAACUGUAGUGAAAAAGGUCCUUGAACAUCUUCCUUAUGAAAGGAGCAGUUGUUUCUUGGUGAGGUACUUCAAUGACAAUAACAUAUGAAUUGAAAAAUAACAUCUGAUUCACCAGUAUGCAGUUUAAAAGGAAUGAGAGACUUGUAUCUUCUAAAUGAUUUCAUAGCCGUAGGUAGUUGCUAGCAAUGACAUAAAAUGUAACAAAUAAUGGUCUUCAGUAUCACAGAGAGGAAUCAGUCUUGCUGUUGCUCACCAGCAUGAAUGUCCUAUCAAUGAUCCAUGGUAUCCUCUAAUUCAUAUCUAAUUUAAUGUCCAGCUAAGUAGUUUAGUCUGUCAUUAAUUGUUUAGUGUGCUGUAGAGCAAGCAAUGAACUAAAGUGAUCAGGUCGAUAUGCCUGAAUUCUGUGGAGACAAUCAAGGUUGCUUCGAUCAGAUGAGUUUAUUAUGAAACAAGAAGCUAGUUUGAGAAGACUCAGAAGUUUUUUCUGGAAGGCUAAUAAGUGAGCUAAAAAUUCCUUGUUCUGUCCUCCAAGAUGGUGCUGAAUCAAUGAUCAAUGGAUGCACCAGAACAUAUCAACUUGCAAUACUAAAGGGUGAAAGUAUCAAAUAUCAAUCUUCAGAUUGAAGUGUCUUAUUGUACAUUUGGAGUGCACUAACACUUCAAUGGCAUGGCGAUUACUUGUCUGUAGGGUAUAGCAAGAAACUGCAAUUAUUUUGGUGAUCUAGUGCUUGCACUUUCAUUCAACUUGCCAUGUGGUGUAAGUUCUGCUAUGCCCUACUUCUAUCCUACAUUCCUCCUUAUUCUACUUAUUUGGAGGAAGAGACAAGAUGAAGCAAGGUGUUUACAAAAGUAUAAGGUGAUCUAGGGAAAAUACUCCCCCGUAUGUGUAUCAGGGAUGCUAAGAAAUAGUGAGCUAGUAGAGGUGAUACAUAUGCCAGCUUGCCAUGGCUCAAGUGCUAAAUUUGGAGUGGACGUCAAAUUCUUAAGUGUUUGGUGCCAAAUUGGAUUAAUGUUAGCAAAUUGUAUGCAAAUGGGACAGAAUCUUCAUGUUAUGAAUAUUUUUCUUAUGGACCGUUGUUAUGGUCAUGCAUCAGUUAGUCCAGUGGGCUGUCUUGUAACAGAAAUCACUGAUGACAUUUUGAUUACUACAACUUGAUCUGGGGGUUUUGUAGUAAGAUAUGAUUGCCACUCAAAAUACAGGGUAGCUUAGUUCA